UACGGCACCGGUCAGCUGACCCGCAGCGGUCCAAUCAGCGCGUCGCUGGGCUGUCUGUCAACAAAGCGCUGUCAAAGCCAGCUGACUGCCCGGACUCGGAGUCCCAACACACAACAACAGCAACACUGCGGUGGAACAAGGCGUCGCGCAGAUAUGAGGGGAGCACAAGCGAGCAGUAGACAGGAGGCCUCGGGAGGACUGUGGGAUUCCGUGAAGAAAGCCGUCAUUGUCAUCGGAUCCGGAAUCCUGUUCCUGGCGGCGUUUGGUAAUUCGCUGACAUGGCAUCUUCAGAAGUUUUGGGGAGCUUCGGGCAACUUUUGGCAGAACCUGUGGACCAAAGUCUACGUGAUGUUUGAGGGCCACAACGAGGCGUUGUUCUACAUGGGCACGAUGCUGGUGCCCAUGGUGGUGUUGUGGACAUUCAACGCUCUGCUGCUACUGGCGGACACCACGGGGAAACCGGCUUUCAUCACCCGCUACCGCAUCCAAGCCGACAAGAACGACCCGGUGGACCCGGAAAAGCUGCGGCACGCUUUGAAGACGGUACUGUUCAACCAGAUGUUCAUUUCCGCACCCACCGUGGUGGCCGCCUACCACCUGACCCGCUGGAGAGGAGACCCCUGCGGACCCCAGCUGCCCACCCUCCACUGGGCCCUCGCCGAGCUCACUAUCUUCUCCAUCCUGGAGGAAGUUCUCUUUUACUACUCGCACAGACUGUUCCAUCAUCCCAGCCUGUACAAGCGCUUCCACAAGCAGCACCACGAGUGGACCGCCCCCAUCGGCGUGGUCGCCACCUACGCUCACCCGCUGGAACAUUUGUUCUCCAACCUGCUGCCAGUGGUGAUCGGGCCGGUGCUGUUGGGCUCGCACGUGUCCAGCACGUGCGUGUGGUACUGCCUGGCGCUGGUCAGUACCACCGUUUCCCACUGCGGGUACCACCUGCCCUUUCUACCCUCCCCAGAGUUCCACGACUUUCACCACCUCAGAUUCAACCAGUGUUUCGGCGUUUUCGGCGUGCUGGACCGCCUGCACGGCACCGACGCCAAGUUCCGGCAGACCAAGCAGUACGAACGCCACACCUUGCUCUUGGGACUGACGCCGCUCACCGAGAGCAUUCCCGACACGCCCACUAAGUCCCACUGACCGCCGUUACGCCAUCUUGAUUCCUUUUUUUUCUUUUAAAAGCUGUUGAUCCGUUUUUGUUUAAUUCUUUUGCACUAUCAUUGUUGUUGUUUUGUUUUUACUGACUGACACCCAUUCACAGUUUGGGGAAAAACUGUGGAGGGGAAUAAAAAAAAUUCAACACAAUCCAGCGCUAAAUCUUUAAGCGUUGCGAUAAUCGCAAUGCUAAUUUGUUAGCAUAACCGAGUUCCACAUUCAUGAUUGUCGCGCGCAAUUUUUCUGAGCUGAUCAUUGGAGGAAGAAUCUCACAUCUCAGUCAUCUCAGGCAAAAUACUCCUCAGCCGAGGAUACCCGCUCAAAAAAACCAAAAGACAAUCAAGGCCUUUGCACAACUUUGUGGACGCGCUGUACACGUGGUGAAAACCUGUCGAAAUUGUAACGAUGAACCAUUUGCGUAUUACAAGCCCACGUUGCUGCUCCGAUUGUUUUUUUUUUUAAUGACAAAUCCGUCAAUAAGUGUU